UGUGCCUUAUAGCAUUUAACCUAUAAAGUCGUCGUAUUUCUGUGACGUCUAUCUCCGAUUUUUGUAAACACGCUUGUCGAAUACACAAUUUCUAUAGUUGAAUAGGCUAUUUAUUGCGGAAGUAAUGGCUUCCUAAAAUUUAAUUGCAGGCUUUAUUAUAUUAUUGUAAUUAAAUUAAACAAACAACAAAUCCUAAUCAAUGUUUUAUCAGUAAAGUUAAGUGUACCUGGUGAAAAUCUGAGUUAUUAUCCGGCGUUUUAGCACAUCCUAUGUUAUGCCGCGUCCCGUGAGAUAGUUACAAAGAAUUGUCCCAAAAUAGGAUUCUGUUUGUAUUUGCCGAAACAACGAUAUAAUUUAUGAAACCAGUGUAUAUUGUCAAAGGUUUAUUUAUGAUUUUAAGUUCUACAGUGCGAUUUUGGCGAUAGCAAAAUCGUGGUAUUACCUACGCGUAGAAGAUGAAUCGGAUAUACUUGUAGAGGUUGAGUUAUUUGGAUUACCAUGAGUGAUGCUGGAGGUACAAACUCUGUAAUGAGCAAAAUGACGGGGCUGCAAGAGGAGGACGGAUCUGAUGACUCUGUUGACAGCGAUGACGAUGAGACGAUAGCGAGGAUACAGCGAGCUCACUUCGCUCAGACGGCUGCUAUGAAUGCUCGAAGACGAGCGGCUCCGCGUGCGAGACCUAUGAGCCAUAAGAGAAAAAUGGAAGCUGUAAAAAAUUUCCACGAUUUCACGAAAAAACUGAAGAAGGACACAGGUAUCACGAUUCGGAGUCUAGUUGGGAAUAACGUCUUGGAGUUAAGUGAUUUCUCAAGUGAUGAUAGCAAAUCUGACAGUGACGGUUUGUCAGAGGAAGAGUUUGUUGUGAACCCUAAUGCUGUGCAGGAGUUAGAGGAAGACAAUGAAAGCUACAUAGAUCCGUUUACUGGUGAUAUAGUUCAAGGUAAGAGUAAGCCUAAGGAACAGAAGCCACCGAGUCCACCACCUAAAGAGCCUACUCCAAAGGUGGAGCCAAAAAUUGAGCCUGUAGAGGAGCCAAAGACUUUGUCGAUCAGUGAUAUCAUCAAUGAUGAAGGAGAUUUGGAUUUGACUAAGAAUGUUGAGAUAGCCGAGGUGGAUGAAGGUGAGUUAUGUCCGGACAAAACACCUGAAGACUUGUUGGACAUGAAGCAAGAGGAAAGUAGCCAGGACUUUGAUAUUACUGAGAAGCUAAAGGAAAUGGGCGAGAUAAGUGUGAAGCCUGUUAAAAAGGAGGACGACGAUGGCAGCACUGCUGAAGGAGAAGAGAAAAAGGAAGAAAACGAGGAUGAGAAAAAAGCAAAUUCAAAUGUAAAUGCUUUAAAUGUGCGCCGAAACAUCAGAGAAGUGAUGGAUGAGAAAAACUUGGAUGCAUCUACUCUCGCUGCUCAGAGACAGGAGUCUGAGCGUUUGGCCAGGGUGCAGGAGCAGCAGAGAAUCAUCAGAGAGGUACAAAGACAAAUAGCAAUAAACAGACAAAACAAAAUCCAUCAGAAAACAUUAUCUUUACUACAAGGUGGAUCAUCCCUUCUAAAGAAAUCUGGACAAGGACAAAAGUUAAAUCUCCCUAAUACAGUGUUAGUAAAACUGCCAACUGGUGAAGUUAAGAAGACCACUAUGAAGCAAGGUCAAGUAGAAGUUACAAAAGUUGCCAAACCUUCCCCGUCAGGGUCUGCUCCACAGAAAAGACCCGAUCAGAAGACUGAUAAGAAAGAGGUUGUAGAAAUAGUUGAUAGUAGCAGUGGUGAGGAGUCAUCAUCUUCAUCAUCAGACUCGGACGACUGCAUCAUGUUGUCAGAUUCUGAAGUUCCGCCUAGUCCUGAAGCUGAUGAGGAUCCUAAUAAUUCAGGUCUGCAUGUGAAUGAUGCAUAUAACAUUCCCGACGAGCAAGGUCGAGUGUUGAUCAACAUCGGUCAUCCUGAAACGGAAGAGGACAUAUUUGUCGCGCCACAAAUCGCCAGGAUCAUAAAGCCACAUCAGAUUGGUGGUGUGAGGUUCCUCUUUGACAAUAUCAUAGAAUCGGUGGAACGGUUUUCGAAUUCGACGGGCUUCGGUUGUAUACUGGCGCAUUCCAUGGGUCUUGGAAAAACAUUGCAAAUUGUGACCUUCUGUGAUAUAUUCCUGCGACAUACCAGUUCCAAGACUGUGCUGUGUAUUAUGCCUAUCAAUACUUUACAGAAUUGGGUGGCUGAAUUUAAUAUGUGGCUCCCUCUGGAUGCAACAAAUAGCCCCUUGGCAGCCCAUGGAGAAGUGAGGCCAAGAAAUUUUCCGAUUUAUGUACUCAACGACAGUCAUAAAACGUUGCAAAUGCGUGCCAAAGUUGUUAAGGACUGGACCACCACUGGUGGUGUGCUUAUGAUAGGUUAUGAGUUGUAUAGACUUCUCAGUAUGAAAAAGGACAAAAAACCUCGUAAGAAAAAGAAAGCUGAAUUGAAAGCUGAAGCGGAGAGAGAGAAGGAAGAAAAGAAAAACGAAAAACUUGACAUUGGAAAUGAAGACACACAGAGUUCAGACGUAACGAAUCAAACAAAAGCCUCGGAGGAGUCCAAAGACGAUGCUGAUGUGAAAACUGACGCAGAUUUGAAAGACGAUGUGAAGAAAGAUGACAAGAAAGAAGAUACUCCAAAUGAUGAGGAUAAGAAGCUUUUAGAUGAAAUGUACGAAGCCCUGGUAAAACCGGGUCCUGACCUGGUUAUUUGCGACGAGGGCCAUCGGAUUAAAAACUCUCAUUCCAAUAUUUCUUACGCGUUGAAACAAAUGAGGACUAAGCGAAGAGUUGUACUCACUGGAUACCCAUUACAAAACAACCUGCUCGAAUACUGGUGCAUGGUGGACUUCGUCCGUCCUAACUACCUGGGCAGCAAGACUGAAUUCUGCAACAUGUUCGAGCGGCCCAUUCAAAACGGGCAGUGCAUAGACUCCACGCCGCAGGACAUACGACUCAUGCGCUAUAGGGCGCACGUUCUUCACUCGCUACUCGUCGGUUUCGUGCAACGGAGAUCACACGCAGUGCUGCAGUCAACACUACCGCAGAAGGAAGAAUAUGUGCUCUUAGUGCGCAUGACGCCUCUACAAAGGAAACUAUACGACCGGUUCAUGAACGAAGUGGUCCGCUCUACGGCUGUGCCUAACCCUCUGAAAGCUUUCGCUAUCUGUUGUAAGAUAUGGAAUCACCCAGACGUGUUGUACAACUUCCUCAAAAAGCGGAGCGAAGUGAACGCAGCUAUUGAAGAAGAUUUGGACUUGGAGGAAAUCGGCGGAGUGACCAAGGCCGGCCGCGCGAAAAGUAAGGCGGUGAGCACCAGAAGAGCAGCUAAACCACGGGGCGCACCCAAAAAACCAGCAGCAACUAUUCCGCCUAACACGACCACAGGCUCAAUGGCACCUCGGCCAGACCCUGGGUCAUUCAGUAACGCAGCAUAUCCGCCUAACGGUCCCUAUGGCCCGCCCAACGCCUACCGACCUGAUCAGCAAUCCGGGCCCUACCCUCCCUACCCUAACUACCAAAACCCGGGCCCAGGAUACUACCCACCAAACCAAGGCUACAAUCAAAAUUACGACAGCAACUACUACCAACAGCAACCGCCCUACGGAAAUAACUACCCCAAUCAAUACCCACCAAAUAACCCCGAGCAAGGUGGAUACAACCAAAACUACUGGGGAAAUGGAAACUUCUAUGGAAACUCGAGCUAUUACAACAACCCACAAUACCCUCAAGGCAGUAACCAACAGCCGCAGGACUACAGAGCUAACCCUUCGGCUGAUUUCAAUAAUACUCCACAGCAGUAUCCACCGAAUUAUAACCAGACGCCCCAACAUGAUCAAGCGUACCCUGGGAAUGCAAUGCAACCGUAUCAAAAUAACCAAGAAGGUUAUUCGGGCCAGCCGAGGCCACCAUAUCCAGGUUACAAUCAACCGGGAUACUCAGAUUACAACACAAAUGCUACACCAGGGAAUUUUCCGCCAAAUCAGCCUUCGCAAGAAUAUCAAAAUCCAUCCUACCAGGGAGGUCCCUACCCUGGCGGUUCCUCAUACGGGCCUAAUGCUGCACCAUACAAUCAGUACGAGAACCAGCCUCCGAACUACCCUGGUUAUCCUAACAGUGGUCCUCCUAAUCAAAUGAGUAACAACAUGGUGCCCCAGGCCAUCAAAACUGAACCCAAUGCACAUGGUAUGCCUCCCGCCUAUCCGGCUAAUGAAAUUAAACCAGAACCGAGUAUUGCGCAAACUUCGAACCCACCCUAUGGAGAUCCGAACUUCGGUUACCAGGCGAAUACUUCAGCAUCUGGCUUCCAAGCUGGUCAGGCUGAGAGUUCUAAUGGUAGCUAUCCUCCGCAAUAUCCCUUCCCACCUCAUCUUGAAACGAAACCGCCUUUAGGAAGUGCCAGUUCUGGAAGCCCAGUGACGGCAUGGCCGAUAACCGAACUAAAAACAGAAGUUGACAAACUUAAAGCAGAAGAAAAACAAGAAAUAAAAUCCGAAUCCGACGGUGAAGUGAAGAUAGAAGAUUUGGACACGAAGAAAAUUGUAAAAGAUGAGGGUAAGAAAGCGAAUCAUAUUGAAAGUCCUUUGGCUAAGGAACCUGAAGUUCCUAAGAAGAAAGAAAAGGACGCAAAGGCAGACGCAGCGAAAAGCGACGCGUCCGAGUCUGAAAAUGAGCCUCCUAGACGGGGAAGGCCAAGAAAGGGGAAGGAAGGUAAAAAACCAGCGGAGAAGAAAGGCAGGGGUCGUCCGAAAGCGAAAGGAAGGAAAGACCGAAAGACCUCGAAAGAAAAAAAUAACGAUGACUCGGAGUCAGAAGAGAGUGAAAAGGAAGAAAAACCGAAUCGAGAGGAAGAACUUGCGAUGGUGAAGAAAGCUGAAGAAAUGACCUACGAUUGGGCAGCUGAUCUGUUGAAAGAUUACAUACCCGGGGUCAUAGAGAACUCUGCUAAGAUGGAGUUGUUCUUUUACAUACUGAAUGAAAGCAUCAAAAUGGGCGAUAGGUUACUUCUUUUCAGCCAAAGUUUGUUCACCCUGAAUUUAAUUGAAGACUUCUUAGAACGAAAUUACAUUCCCGGGACUAACUGCUUAUGGGAGAGAAAUACCAAUUACUAUCGACUGGACGGCUCAACACACGCGUUAGAACGCGAGAAGUUGAUAAAUGAGUUCAACGCGAACCCACACGUUUACUUGUUCCUUGUGUCGACGCGCGCCGGCUCGCUCGGUAUUAACCUCGUGGGCGCCAAUCGAGUCAUCGUGUUCGACGCCAGUUGGAACCCUUGCCACGACACGCAGGCUGUGUGUCGAGUGUACAGAUACGGCCAAAAGAAGCCAUGCUUCGUAUACCGGUUCGUGAUGGACUGGUGCCUCGAGAAGAAGAUCUAUGACAGACAGAUCAACAAGCAAGGCAUGGCCGAUCGCGUGGUCGACGAGUGCAACCCAGACGCGGUGCUAUCGAUGAAGGAAAUCACCAAUCUGUGCUUCGAUAAUGAUGAGAAGGAGUCCGAAGCGAAAGACUUGUCCGAGUACAAAGACAAGUACCUGGACGUGUUGAUGCAAGGCAUCAUAACGCAGCUGUGGAAGUCUCUUAGUAAGGAACCCUUCCAACACGAGUCCCUAUUGGUUGAUAGAAAGGAGAAGAAGCUAUCUAGUGCUGAGAAGCGAUUGGCGCAGCGAGGAUACGAGCUAGAAAAGAAGGCGGCGCUUGCACCGAAGCCGACCACAGCGUACCGCACCGUGCGCACGGCCGACGGCAGCCUCGUGCAGCGGCCCGUGGCCUCCGUGCGGCCCAUGCAGCACGGCGCGCGCUGGAUCCCCGCCGACGUGUGGCGCCGCCAGGGCAUGUCGGCGCAGGAGAUGACGCUGCCGCUCGAUGUGGUGAUACCAACCAACUCUGCCGAGAAGACUAACAUAGUGCUGAAAGCGGGUCAGCGGGUGAUGGUGCUGAAGUCGCCUAAGGGCAUCUACAUGCAACUGGAGUCGGGCAAAAUCAUCGCUAUCAAGACCUCCUUCAAGGGCAUGGGUCAGAAGGGCGGAGAUAACAAGGACAGUCCUGUAGGAAAGAAAGUAUUAGGCAGUAGACCGUCAUCUACAAACAUACCAGGCUCACUCAAGAACAAUUCGGCUAUCACAAUUACCUCUAAAGUAGGCCCUAGACCAGGCUAUCAAAGAGUGAUGUCAAGACCAAUUGGCCACAACAAAAUGGUGCGUCCGAUGUUGCCAGGACAGAAAAUAGCUGAAAUCAGAAACAGAUUGGGCGACCUGAGAGGAUUUUCUAAUAUGCGGCCUAGAUCACCAGUCAAUCCGGGACGACUGUUGCGACCUACUCUCCCAGGGUCGGUCAGUAUAACCAAGAUACCCAAAGAAAUUAAAAAGUCUGAUACAGAACAGAACAGUGACUCCAACGCUACAAAAAUGGACAUAGAUUCUGAAGAUGAUACUCAGGUUUUGGACAGUGAUGAGGAAGAAUCAAAUAGUAAGAAUAAUACAAAACCAUCAUCCAAAUCCAAGCCUCAAGAUAGUGUUAGUAAACAAUCGAAUAAAAACGGAUCAAGUGCAUCUGUGAAUAAAGAAACGCCAACAAGUGAAAGUGAGCAAAAAUCAAAUGAACCUCUUGUGCUAACAACUGAUGAAAAAUUGCCUACAGAGGAGGCCUUAGAAAAUAUAAAUACAAAUAAAAUGAGUGAAGAUAACGCUCCCGAAUCUAGCAGUAUGGCGCCGCAACAGCCCACAAUGGAGCAACUAGACUCGCACGGCAUGGAGCCUGUGGAGAGAAAGAUCAAUUUGUUAAAGAACUACAGGCAUCAACGUCCCGGUAGUCGACCGCAGACGGAAUCCUCCUUGACUCAAUUAGAAAGAACUGCCAGUACACUAACGAAGGAAAGCUUGCCCGAUUUCCGCAGAAAUUUGGACGACAUAACGCAGUCGUACUCGCCGAACAGCGAGGAGAGACCAGGGAAGAGCAAGAAGAAGAAAUCUCCGAGCAAACCGGACGCGAUCGAAUCUCAAAUUAGCGAAAGGCAGCCCGCGGCUGGCGCGGGGAUGUCGCACAGCGUGUCCAGUUUGCUCGGGCCCACGAGUAACAACGUGCCGAAGCCGAGAAAGCCCGAGCAGACGGCCCCGGUGGCGCCGAUAGAGAGUUCUGGGUCCCAGAGGUUGAUGAGUCGGCCGCCUAUGGGGCUGUCUCCCGAAGCGGGACUGGUGGGAAUGUCGUACCCGCACGGUGGGCACGUGAUUCCUGGGAAGCCGCAGCCUCUGCCCGCGGGCAUGGGUCACGAGGCGCCCGGGCUGCCCGGCCCGAUGCCUGGCAUGCCGCAUCCGCAAGCACCUAUGGCCCCCGGCCAGCCUUAUCCAACUGCCAACGCUCCGCCUGAUGCUCCUUAUGGCCAAUAUCCUGGGUACGGGAUGGGCUACGGGGCGUACCCCAAUCCGGCUUACUACGGUGGCUACGGCGGCGCGGGGUACUACGGCUACGGGCCGGCCGGCGCCGCGCCGCCAUACGCCGCCCCGGGGCCCGCGCCCGCGCCCGCGCCUGCCCCCGAUUCCUACCUGCCCCCCAACCCCCAGUGGUAACGAGGGGCGCCGACAUGACUUGAGCGUAGUGUAGUGUGGCUUUAAAACCUUGACGACCGCUAAAAUGUGCUCGAGUGUUGACCUAUUUAGGUCGAAGAAUGGCUACGUGUGAAGUGUUCGGUGUGGGUUAAAUGUUCACGGUCACUCGUGAAACUAACGAUGAAUUAUCCUAUCGCUCUGACUCGGAAUUAUCUCCUACUUCAUAAGAUAAAAACAUGUUAUGCGUCUCGUUGUAGUGAUGGGACGUCGUAAGUAAUUGAUUCGUUUAAGUACUUACUAAUGUUCGAAGUAAAUUAGAGCGCUAUAAGUGUACGCGAUUACUUUCUUAUAUACGAAUUCGAAUAUUAUUGUGAAUAAAUUUUAAAUUCCUUCUUAUUUAUAUAAAAUAGCCAGUGAAUGUAGAAAGUACAUAUUCAACCCCAUUAUUGCGAGUGAUUCGAUGUUUAGUGAAAUGUUUCCAUUACUGUGGCUCCGGAUUGGUCGAUGGAUGUGAUAAGUUGCUGAUUUAGAACUAAGUCGAGUAUAGCGUGUAUGGAAUAUUUAUCAAACUAAUUUUUAGCUUAGAUAGGCGCCUAUAGAUAUCUUAGAAGUUAGUUCUCAUUUAACCAUUCGACAGACCCGUGAUAUGUGUUAACUUACAUAAUAAGUAUGUAACAAAAUACUGUAUGUAUAGACUAUUUAUCUAUGUUUUUCAAUUCUUUCGUUUUUAAGUGAUAUGAUCUGAGUGUGAAAUUUCAUUUUAUAUGUACUUUUGAACGUAUUAUUCUAUUUUUUAUUUGGUGUGUGACCUUAAAAUCAAAUGCACUUGUACUUCAUUUAAUUUCGUUGAACGAGACAUCGCAAAAGUAAAAUCCACGUGGCAUAUUUGACAAGUUAUCUACAAAUAAUCUCUUUUAGUAUAGGAUAAACAUUUAAUAUUACAUCCCUAGUCAGUUAUCUGGUAGUAUUGAAUAGUAUUAAAAUCAGCGAAAUUUAAAUGAAGGACAAUGUUCGCGAAAUGAAUUCUAAGAAGAAAAUAACCGCCACGUGACCAAAUGUGCCGCUGACUCGUUCAUGAGAAAUUCAUAUUUUUUUCUUCUGAGCAUUGUAUAACUUUGCAACGAAGGCCAAGUUGGAGGUUGUUGAUUGGACAUAGUCUAAUUUCUUAUGACGACUUUUAUAAGAUAGCAAUUUCGUGAUAAAAUGACCGUUGUGAAUUUAUAAAAUUAAAAAAAAAAAUGCCCGUUGCAAUCACAUGGUUCGGUGUAUAAUUGCAGCGGCGCUGGCCCGUGUGGCAACAUUACUAUUGUCACAAUACUUAAAUCUCAUUUUUAGCAGCAUUAUUUCAUUGCGUGUAUACGAAGUUGGAGUUUUUAAGAGAUUAAAAUAUAGUUUAAGAUUAAUUUUAAAUGAUUCCCUACUAGUGUUUCAAGACUUGUUUUAAAAUACAAUGUAAUAAACGUCUUGGGCGUAUGCAAUAUUAAAAGUAUAGAACGUACAUCAUAACACAUUGUCGUAUUGCAUUGAUGACUUUAUGAAUCGAUUUAUGACGAUUAAUAACAGUCAACAUAUCGUCGCCAAUGUGAUGGCUUGUGAGAACCUACGCCAAACAUAAAUUCUAUUGAAUGAGAUGAUUCUAGCACACCAGACAAAAAGUAGAAGCGUUAGCGUCUUAUAUUUUUUUAAGCGUUUCUCUUUUUUAAAUACUUUUUUCGUUUGUUGUCCUGUGUACAAAUAUUUCGGCAUUACGAAGUGAUACAUUAAUAUGCAUUUUAAAUUGAUCAGAUAUUAUUGUACCGGCGAUAUCCAAUAAAGAGAUCAAUAAACAGUAA